UCUAGUACUACCGGAAAGUGAGGUCGAUCAAGGGGGCGAACCUGACCCACGAGGCAAGGCUUGAUCACACAGCAUCGGAUUUACCAGCAACUGCAUCAGAGAACUGCAUCCCCUCAGCUUUAACCAUCUCGAUCCCGUUGAUCCCGUACCGGGAGUACUUAGUCUCACCCUCAUCUCAUCCCGUGUUACAUAGGUAUUUGCCCACUGCCCAGCCAAGCCAAUUCCCCGGCCUACCUACAUACUGAGUACUAGUAGUAGGUAGCAGUAGGUACCUAGUGAGUAUGUAGGUACUGACUGGCGAGGAGAGGUGCCGAUAAUUGCCCAUCUUAGCCCCAUCUCACCACUGAUAGUCUUGCUCUUUCUGAUGCAUACUUAAGUAGGUAUCUAUCUAGGUAUCUACUGAGGCUACCUACCACAACGCAUUGCUGCCCAUUACCAAAAUAUCCCGUACCGCUCCCGGUACCCCAUACAUCGAAGUCAACCACCAACUCUCCUUUCACGUCGUGCACGGUACAAGCUCGCCAUGUCCAGCACCACCAACGGAGCCGGCUCCACUUCGACCCCAGACCCGAGCAAGCAAGAUGCUCAUCACUUGCCCAGCGCGGCGGCGACCCAGGCCGAGAUGGCCCAGGCCUUUAGAGACCUCGCAAGGGGCGAGCAACAAGCCUCUAUCCUUGAAGCCAACCUCGCCAGUAUCGAGAGCAAGCUCGACGCUCUUUUAGCGUCUAUCGAGACGGGAGCUGAUACAGGCAAGAUACAAGGAGUUGAAGACAAGAGCUCAGAAGAGGACCAAUCCUCUCAGAAGAAGUAAACGCCAGCAUUACCAGCGCAAGACCAGCUGCAACCAUUACUCGUUAGGUGGAGACUCGUCUUCUAUCAGAUAGUAGUGGAAAGCCGAUUUGCAUUCUUUGUUAGCCUAGGCAAAUAGUUAAACUGUAUGCUAUUGGUUCAGGAACGAUGUGCUUUGGGUAGCGUCAAGUUCUUAUUAGAUUUGUAAGGGGCGCUUUAUAUCAGGAAACAUAGAUCGGCCAAAGACAGGGAGAAUGGUGCAUAUUGGAAGUUUACCCACCCAUCAGAGAUUUUAUCGUUUCCAUAACAAAUAGACGCCGUCCAGGACCCUCAAGCCGUAAGCCAAAUCGUCAAGAGAAGGCGUGCUCAAACAUCAAUAAAGGACCGUCGUGACAUGUAAC